AUGGACUACAUCAGGAAUCUUUCGGGUACCGUGUCGACAGCAUGGAACUCAAUCAACCCGUCCACGUUGAGCGGCGCCAUUGAUGUCAUCGUUGUAGAGCAAGAGGACGGCACACUGUCCUGUUCGCCCUUCCACGUCCGGUUCGGCAAGUUCUCACUGUUGCGGCCAUACGAGAAGAAGGUCGAGUUUAAGGUCAAUGGAGUUAAGCAGGACUAUGCUAUGAAGCUCGCCGAGGGUGGCGAGGCGUUCUUCGUGUUCGAGACGAGCGACACUAUUCCCAAGAGUUUACAGACCUCUCCACUUGUGUCACCAGCGUCGAGCCCUCCACUAGAUCCCGAACCGUCGAAUGCACCAGGUCUGCAGGAGCCGCCGCUUCUUGCGCUUGAUGGAGAAACCGGAAAGCCUCGUUCCGCAAGCCUCCAUCGCCCUCCUCCUGCCGUCAUCUAUUCCAGCUCUGCGCCACGCGAAAAUGGAAUGCUCAACCCGCUGCUAACCUCUCCAGAACUCUCUAACGGAAGGCCGAUGUCAGGAGACUGGGCUGGGUUCGCUCUUCGACCACACAGCGAUGACAUUCUGCGACAGACAGCACGGAAACAGAGCAUUUCGGAUAUCUCAGCAGAGGAGGGCGAUAGCCCCCUCGCUUCGGGCAGAUCACAGAGCCCUCCCCCACUGCUACCUAAGGAAGCUCUGGAGAGGGCAAUGAACCUGUCACGAGGGCUCCAGAACGUAAACAUUCCAACACGUGUGACAGACACUGGUGACUUGAUGCUGGAUAUGACUGGAUUCAAAAACAACGAAGAAGACGCCCUCCGUGCGGAGAUUCUAGCGCGAAAAGUCCUGUCCGAGGAACUAGAAGGCAACUACGACAUUGGCGCUCUGUUUGGAAUUGAUGAGCACGGCAACCUCUGGAUCUAUAGUAGCGAGGAGGCAAAGGAUGCCGCUAUGAAAAAGACCAUGGAAUCCUCACUUCGAAGCAGUGGUGGCGUGGACAUCGACGCUGUGUCCGAUCCUGGCUAUCACAGUGAUGAUAGCAACGGAACUGCAUCCCCAUUUCCUUCGCAUAGGAGAUCAGAGUCAGAUGUUGGCCAAAUGAGCAUCCAGACACCACCGACUUCACCGGGGUCUAGCAAGACUGGUGGUGAUCCCAAUGUCAACUACGCCAAGACCUUGCGCUUGACUAGCGACCAGCUCAAGGCUCUAAACCUAAAGCCCGGCGAGAAUUCGAUGAGCUUCACUGUCAAUAGGGCAACCUGCCAUGCCUUCAUGUUCCUUUGGAGACACGAGACACCGGUGGUGAUCUCAGAUAUUGACGGCACUGUCACCAAGUCUGACGCUUUGGGCCACGUGUUGAGCAUGAUCGGCCGUGACUGGACACACGCUGGGGUUGCAAAGCUGUACAGCGAUAUCUGUGCCAAUGGCUACAAUAUCAUGUACCUGACAAGUCGAUCAGUCGGACAGGCUGAUUUCACCAGGGCGUAUCUCGCUGGCAUCGUACAGGAUGGAUAUCGUCUUCCACGAGGACCCACUAUCUUAUCCCCGGAUAGAACUAUGGCUGCUUUGAGGCGAGAGAUAUAUCUGCGCAAACCCCAUAUCUUCAAGAUGGCAACACUGAGAGACAUUCGCAAUCUCUAUGGAUCAGACCACCACCCAUUCUACGCUGGUUUUGGAAACCGUCUUACAGACCAGAUCUCCUACCGUACUGUCGACGUCCCACGUACUCGCAUCUUUACUAUCAACUCGAACGCAGAAGUCUCUCUUGACCUCCUGAGUCUGAACAAGCUAAAGUUGAGCUACGUUAACAUGACUGAGGUUGUGGACCACUAUUUUCCUCCUGUUUCGACUCUCGUUAAGGGCGGCGGAGAGGAGUAUACGGACUUCACUUACUGGCGUGAUACACCUUUGGACCUGGAUGAUUUCUCUGCCAGCGACUCGGAAGGCGAGGAUGAUGCAGCCCCUGGUGCGGACCACGAGAGCCAGUAUGCAGAGGAUGAAGAAGACGAGGAGUUGGGCGAAGGCCUCGGCGAUAGUUUCAUCUCACGAGACUCUAUUGACGAAGGGGCGUAUGAAGAGGGAAGUGUCCUUAGCGGUGACUAUGAAGGUGAAGAGCAAAUGAUGGGUUCUAUCAUUGAAGACGAUGACGCAGACAACGAGGAAGAAUACGAGGAGGAAGAGGAAGACGAGGGUGAGGAGCAAGAUCACACACAGCUGGUGGUCCCUGAAAAGCGAGAGCGACCUAAGACACCAGUCUCUCCAAGGAUCGCUGUGCAGGACCUCGAUGCCGAGAUAAUCACGGGCAUGAAGAACAUGGCUGUUGAGAAGGAUUUUAAGCUAGAGGAGAUCAAGCAAUGA